GGCAAGCAUACUGUGAGAGUACAGACAGAGAGAUGAGUCUACUUGAGCAAUUCAAGGUGUGCCAGACGAGCAGAAAUGGUUUGACUGGACAUUUUGCACAGAGUGUUAUUUCUGACAUGAAAGUGGAGCUGGCAAAACCAAAGAAAGAUGGUAUAGAAAAAACCCAGGAAGAAUGUCUGAAUUCAUUUUCCAAGGUACUACAAUGUCAUGGUAUAGCCAACAACACAUUUCUGCGUAAUGCUGGGUUCACAACUAAUUUGUCGAGGUCCAAGUCCAAGUCAAAGCCCAAGCGCAGGUUGAGGUCCAAGUCAUUGUCUUUUUAUGUUCUCGAGGAACUACUCAAAGAGGAACGAGCAAUAGUGGCUGCACAAAGAGUAGUCAUCCACCGUAUAACUGCAGGAUUAGAAGCAAGUCAAGCCCACCUGGGCAACAUCCUGAGAAAGUGUGGGAGAUGCUGAAUACCACAGUGAACACUGACAGUCAAAGGUGUCCCUUGGUUGUGUGAAAGGGUUUGUGAUGCUGAACUAUUUUGUUGGUGCUUCUAUCUGCACUUGUUAUGUACCUGGUGGUUGUUUCCUUGGUGAUGUGGAUUAAAUGAAAACUGAAUGGAUUGGAUGCACCAAUAUUUAAUCAAGGUUUAAUCUGAUUUGUAGUAUUUUUUAUA